AUGUUAAAUAUUGUGGGCCAUUUACCUCAAAAGUACAGUGACAAUAUUCUUGUUACUCAUAAUAAUCAUGAUAUGGUAUAUGAAGUUAGAGGAUUUCAAUUGCAUUCACUUCAUUUACCAUCAAUGCAAACAAAUAAUGACAGCAAAAAGAUACCUAUAGAAACAAAUCUUGUGGAUAUCGACUAUUCACCUGGAAUAUCUUCGUUACUAUGUUGUUCUGAUAAAGGAGAUGUCCAGAUAUGGGAUAUAAGAGAUAACAUUCCACAGCCCACUAUCCAGUCUUAUAAACAGUUUAUGAAUGUACCUUUCACUUGUUGUUCUAUCAGUGCAGAUGGCAGUCUAAUUUGUUGUGGUACAGAAGUUUACAGAUUGAAAAAGAAACGUCGUAAACAUAACUCCAGAAAUAUUAGUGAAUACGAUGAGGAAACAGCUCAAUUAGUUUAUUGGGACACACGAAAUUUAUCAUCUCCGUUGGGUAUUAUUAAAGAUUUACAUUCAGAUGAUAUUGUUGAUGUAAAAUUCGAUCCUACUUCUGUUCCUGGUUAUCUACGCCUAAUUGAUUGUUCUGAAGAUGGCGUAAUAUGCUUGUAUGAUAUGAAUGCAGAGGCAAUUUUACAGGAUAAUUCUCUUUUAUAUAUGUUCAAUUCAGAAUCAGUGGCUAGUUCAUGUGAUUGGUUAAUAUCAUAUAAUGAUCUAUCUUCUAGUUCCGCUGCUGUUGGCGUCUAUUGUACAACUACAAUGCGAUCAAAUAUUAAGGCAUGGCCAAUACACCCAUCAAUGUUACAUAAUAAUAAUAUGGUUGAAGAAGAAAACUUCAAAGAAGACAAAGAAUCAUUCAGUUUAUCUGGAAAAGAUGAGGAAGAACUAACUGAGAAAACACGAUUAUGGAAUUCUAAAUUUAAUACAAAUAAUCCUAAUAGUGACGAUAAUGAUAAUAAGAUUUUAAAAGGUAAAAACUUUUUCAACAUGAUUCUAAUUCAAACUAAUUCAUCUGAUGAAUUUCUACUACUCGGUGACAGUAAUACCAAUGAUAAUAAUAACAAUAAUCAAAAUUAUCCAACAGUUUUCCAUUCAAAUCAUCAAUCAGAUUGGACAAUGUCUUAUUUGCCAUCAAAUAUCACUAUGAGGAAAUCUCAACCAAUUAAUAGUAGUUUUAAUUUACAAUAUGCCGAUUUUAUAGGUAAACUAACCGAUAAUCACAGUAAGGAUAAUACUAUGAAACAAUUAUGCUUUAUGGUUGGUUCACAAUCGACUGUGCUAUGCUCUUAUGAAAUAUCAUUAUCAACUUGAUUAUUAUCCCAAUGAUAAUUCGGUAUGUUUUUCCUUGAUGUCGUUCUGUUGAAAACUAAUGUGUACAUAUUCACUCUCCAUUUUUAUAUUGGAUUGUGAUAAAUUUAU